AUGGCUCCUAACCCGCCAUCCGGUGGUCCAUCUGGCUCUGCCACAGGGAAGCGUAACGCUGUACCAGGCUCUGCCAAUGCCUCGGCAAGUGCUCGCGGUGACGCAUUUCGUCAAAAGAGAGCGAAAACGCACUCGGCGCGACACAUCCCGGCCCAGCCAGCCGAUGCAGCAUUGAAAGAUGGCGAACUCGACCUUCCGGCCUUUGUUGCCGCGCGUGAAUUCGAGAUUCGGUCUCUCGAGCAGAGCAUGGCCACUUCCCAAGCUGUCAGCUCAACCCGUGCAUUCCAGCAAGUCCCACGAGGGUUGCGACGUCGAACAGCAAGCCAUAAUCCGAAAAGAGUGCCGCGAAGACUGAGAGCAAGGGCCAGAAGAGAGAUGGAAGACGACAAUACCCCCCUGGUUGAAUCUAGAAAACGAAAACCAAAGACAACAAGGGCGAGAAUACGAGCGGAAUCGGCAAAACGCCAGGGUGUUCUGGCGGCGAGGAAGCGCAAAAGGUUACUAAAAAAAGAAAAAUCUGCCCAAAGUGAAGGAAAAUCACUUGCCAUCGAAGCCGAACGGUUGGCUAGACGGCAGCCUAAACCGAAAAUUCGAAGAAACCAGCUCAACAGCCCUCCCACACCGCCGGCCAGGUUUCGCAAAAGGCAGAUCAAUAAGACUUGGUUACCGACUCACAAGUGGCAUGCCAAAAGAGCGCAUAUGACUGAUCCCAAGAAUCCUCUGUGGCGCUUUGCUAUCCCCUUGACGCCAACAGAGAAGAUCUAUCGGCCAACUCAUCGUGCCCAAGGCGAGAGGGGGACCAUGGUUUGGGAUAUGAGUUACAUGAGCACAAUUGGCGUGUAUGGAGGCCCUGAUGGCAUAGAGAAGACUCUCAAGAGCGUCGGGGUUAUGCAAGAAUCGUGUUGGAAUGACAAAGGCACGAAAUGGAGGAUGGGGUUGAAGGCGUGGUCGGGCUGCAUUUCACGGCCACAGGACGGUCUGAACAGAGUCAUGUGUCCAGCUACGAUUAUAUGGAAUCCAGAGCCCGUGGCUGCAGAAAAUGCAGCAAAUGGGAGCCAGGCCAAGCGGCAACUCUACAUCAGAGUAAAUCCGGCAGCAUUCCUCGAGGUCUUUGCCGAGCUAGUACGUCUGUCCAAGAUGAAGGGAUCGGGCGUUUUUGUCGAAGAUUUGAGGUUUGAAAUUGGCAGCAUCGAACUCACCGGUCCUGCGUCUACAGAAGCUCUUUUGAGCACCAUGACACCCUACUCAACAGAGGAGAGGCCCAAAAACAAGCACGCCAGUCUUUUCAGGUCCCUGAAGGGUCUAACUAAUCCCGCCUCAUUACCAGCAAAUUCAGUUCUUGGAUUCUCAAUACAAGACCCCCGUCUGAGAUACCCACCUCGAAAAAUGGAAUUUCCAGAUGAUCCCGAAGCUGAGUGCAAGCUUCUAGAGAUAUUGGCAGAUUGGCCGGCGGAAGAGCAACUGGAGCCCUAUGAACUGUUUGACAGAACCAGUCGCUUCCAAGCCACAUGCUUGCCGUCACAAAAGACCAUCAACAGGAGAAGGGGCGCAAUAAGCCCUGGAUCGUUUUUAAAGCCCGGCCAAAUAGACCCUCCUAUUCCCAUAAUUCUACUUGCGUCUCGCUCACCUACAAGCACACAGGCCCAGGGAACGUGGGUGGUGCUCAUGCCGUGGAAAUGUGUUCUGCCCUUGUGGUAUAGCAUGGUCCACUGCCCUCUCGUAUCAGGUAUGAAUCCUCGGUUUGGUGGGUUAAACGAGGCAAUGCAAGUUGCGUUUGAACGAGGGCUAUCAUGGUUCCCAACGGACUUCAUGGGUACUGAUUCGGGCGCUCAGUGGGAGUUGGAAGAGCGGCAAAAGAGGCAACGAGCAUAUGACAGGCGUCCCAAGAGCAAGAGAACCUCGUGGGCAACAUUGGACCUGGGGGCCGGCAGGAAAGGUGAAAUUGGCGAUGGUCUAGCUUGUGACUAUGAAUUCCUUUUCGACUUACCUGCGCCUCCGAAGACCACCACGGAACCCGAGCUUGUCCAAGCAGACAAAUCCGACGAUGAAGAUGCCAUGGACGAUGUUCAGCCAGUCUCUACACCCAAUACGUCGCCGAACCCUCCAUCAUUGAAGCUACUGAAUUUAGUUUCAAGCGCAGAUUUUUCCAAGGCAGUCACGUCUCAAGACUCUCUGCCUAAACUCCCACCCAAUGCCAUCAUGAAUGUCCGCAUCACACUCUUAUCACGCGGCACAGUUACUACAUGCGCCAGAGUUUAUAGACUUCCUCAAAAACCAGCUCCAGCACCGACGUCUUCAAACGCCGAAGUCCCAUCCACUAUACCACAGGACAACAGCUCCAACUUGCCGCACGAUUUACGCGCCCAAUGGCUCUCCAAGGUCCCGCAGGGAUGCAAUUCCUCAUCUAAACGAGCUCGCACCACGGCCAAAGCCACAAACAUGGAGUCCCGGAUGCAGCUUCUCGCUCGGGAACUCACAGCACCACCAGUCGCCUAUCCACCCCCUGCACCAAACCAGGUCGACAUCGGCGGCCAUCCUCUAGUUCCCGAUGCCAAAGACCUAAUCGGUUUCGUGACAUCGGGCUCAUAUUGUCUUGCCGACGGCAAAGCAGCAGCCAUUGGCAGUGUGGCCGUCGAGAAAGUAAUUCCCGGUGUGAAAGCAAACAGCAAAGAAGGACGGUUAUGUAUAAUAAGAAACGCCGGCGAGAAUGUCGGCUGGAUAGCAAAAUGGGAGGCGAUAUAG